AUGAAGAGUCAGGAACGUGCCACGUGCAAUCGUAUACUAGGUAGCCUGAAGGACGGCCCCAAGCGCGCGCUUCAAAUGGAACACCGUCCUCAGCGGGUACCGAGCGAUAUGCGUAGUCUGGUCCGGCUCUUGGGAUUGCGGGAGGUGGUAACCCUGGCGACAGGGAAUUGUAUGGCGAUGGCAGUAUCACAGGCUUACGCUGAUGCCGACAUGCAUGGCGAGAAUGUCGCAUUUGAACGGCUCACGGCCAGUGUAAACGAGGCAUUCAAUUUGCCGGUCUUCUCAACUUAG